AGACAACGGAUCCACCGUCCCCACUAACAAAGAGAAGAAUUUACAAAACCACUCCUAUGUAACGUUCUAAUCUAAGUCGGUCGUUGUCGUUUAAGGAAGGAAGGACUGAGGUUAUUUUCGGAAAUGUCAAAAAGAAAAAACGCUUUAGCAUUUCAUGUUGCUGUGCAAUAGGCGAGUUUCAGUCGCUGGGAAGCUACCCUUCAACGGCUGUUCUUCGCCUCUGUGUUCUGGUUUUCUUCUUAACUCGGUUUUCGAGCUUCUGAGUCGAAUCGACGCGAGUGCUAGAGAUUGGAGAUGCUUGGCGGUCUCUUAGGUCGCGGUUUUGUCCCCAAGGGGAAAUCACUGAUAAAACUGACGAAGAAUCGGAUCGACGUUCUUCGGAGGAAGAGAACCGCGACGAUCAAAUUUCUGAAGAAGGAUUUAGCUGAUCUGCUUGCUAAUGGUCUUGACGUCAAUGCUUAUGACAGGGCAGGAGGACUUCUUGAUGAACUAAAGCAUCUAUGGAAUCUUGAUUUUGUUGAGAGGUCUUGUGACUUUGUCUAUAAACAUCUUUCCCUUAUGCAGAAGAUAAGUGAAUGCCCUGAAGAUUGUCGGGAAGCUGUAUCAUCGUUGAUGCUUGCAGCUUCUGCAUUUUCCGAGCUGCCUGAGUUGCGUGAUUUGAGGCAGAUGUUUCAUGACAAGUAUGGGGAUUCACUGGGACUAUUUAUUAACCAAGAGCUUGUCGAGAGUUUGUCUACAAAGCCAUUUUCUUUGGAGAAGAAAAUGAAGUUAAUGGAAGAUGUUGCAUCAGAAUUUUCCGUUCCAUGGGAUUCCACGGCUUUUGAGAAGAGGAUAUCAAGGCACAAUAACUCCUCUAUAAAGGAGUUAAACAAAAAUCACGGGCUUCCAAAGGCCUCUAAUGACAAGUACAAAUCUAUAGAUGGAAACAAGGUUCCCCCGAUAAGAGAGAAGUAUGAUUUCUCAUCCAAGGAAAUAUCUGAAGGCGUUAAUGCCAAGCACAGCUUGAACAGAACGAGGGCUGAUGCAACAAAAAAAAUGGAUCCUUCCUCUCUACCUGUGAAAGAAAUUUAUCAGAAUGGCCGUAGGGGAGAUUGGUAUGGCUUUUCAUCUAGAGAAAGGUCAGAAUAUGUUCACAAUUCAGCUAGAUCAGAAAGCAGAAACAUAGAGGUGGAAAGGAACAAGUUCGACUUUGAGCCUAGGCCAGAAACUUCCAGGGAAAAACAUAAUUCACUUUUUAACGAGGGGGACACUAUAGUUAUGAAGAUCAAACAUGAGAAUUUGCUUCAAAGGAAGGGACAUCAAGAUGGUAUGGAGCAGAAGCUUAAGAAAAGGGAGGAUAUGGCCUCAAGAACGCCUAACCCUAGCAGCUCCUCGGACAGAGAUGAAAAGCUUUCUUUCACAUCCAAGCAAGAGAAUCUUUCCCAAGCAUACAAACAGGAGAAUUGUGCAGAGCACGUGUCUCAGAAAUCGGAAGAUAAUGCCUCAAGAACACCGAAGCCAAGAAGCUCCUCGAAGAGGACAGAAAAUAUUGAUCAUCAUGGUUCGGGACACUGUAAUGGUUGGGAGAACAGGGAAAAUGCGGUACCUGCUGGAAGGGCCCUGGAUCGUUCGCUCAGUGGAAAUCCAGAAAUUGCCGCUGAAACACAUCAGUCAAAAAGCAGAGACAAAGAUCCAUUAACGGGUAACUAUCGGGGAACUGAGUGUGAUUAUGCAAAGCUGAUGAAAAAAAUUCAAGAAGAAGAACAAGCAGAGAGGCGAAAACGGUCCUUCAGCAAUGCCCUUCCACCUCCGUAUGUUAAACCUAACGGGAUAGCAAGGAACAUCAAAGCUGAAGCUGCCGCAUAUUCAAAGACUGCUCUCAAUAGCAGUUCAGAGACGGUUGAAGCUGCAACUCAUCCUGACGUUGAUAAGAGUGUUUUUGUACCCGAGAGAGCCAAUGAUCACGAUAAUGCGAAAGAUAAUGGUCGUCGGGUUAACGGCUGCAUAGACGAUGCUUUACCCAAAAGGAGAUCUAGUAGAAGGCACUCUAAAUCUUCAACCUGUGACCAAAUUCCCAAUCCUGAGGAUCUCGAGAUAACGAAGAGAAGAACAAGAAGCCGAAGAAGGGAACACUUGAGAAAAGGUCGCCAAAUCUUGUCUGAUGACGAGCAGGACAAGGAUGACGAGGAGAUAAUGAUAGACAACCUACUUAUGCAUUACAGUCGGAAACCCUCGAGUUACAAUGAGAUGAGGAUGCAGCCAGCAUCCAAAAGCAGACACUCCCGUUCGGAGGAUGAUGAACACAACGGAUCACAGAGGAUUCCUCCACCUGCACGGUCACAUUCCCUUCCCGACCAGCAAUCCGAGCCAUCUGAACCAACCAAGGUAUUUGCCCGAGCUGCCUCGUUUCAGCCCGAUCGUUCAAGCGCAGGCAAACACGUGCAUCCAAUGUUACCCGACUAUGACGAUUUGACUGCUCGGUUCAUGGCCCUCAAAGGAAGGUAAAAGUUCUAACACUGUCACAUCUUUCGAUAUUUCUAACAUUCAUUGUUGCAUGUGAUCCAUAGUAGAUAACAGGUUUCGUCAGUUGCACAGAUUGUUGUUCCAUACAAUGUGCUGUCUGAGAAUUACAGAUGCUUAAAAGGUUGCAUCUCUUCGUUUUUGUGUUUGUUUGAACACAUUCACAUGCCUGCAAUGUCAAAUCGCCUGAUUUCAUC